GCCAUACGUGACAUCGGAAAUUUGUCCGACUCAGAAAGUGGCCACAUUCAAAGGGGAAUGAACUCAGCGAGAGGACACCAAGAAGAAGAGGAAGAAGAGGAAGAGUUGGAAGAUGAUUUGGAGGACGAUUUAGAAGACGAAGAAUUGGACGAUGAAGAUAUAGGAAACUCCUCUGAAGAAGAUGUUGAUGGAUCAAGUGAAGUGGAUGACAUCGAAGCAAUGACACGAGUAGACGGUGAUACUGAUGAUGAACGCAGCGAUGUGGAGGAUUUCCGGAUUAAUGAUCCUGAUGACAUCGACGACGAUCUAGAAUUAAGGGAUGACGAUGAUGACGAAGAGUCCAAACCCUCUCCAAAGAAAUUGACUAUCAAGGCCAGUGCUAGGCGAAGUGAUUCAUCAAAGCCUCAAAGAGAAGUAAGGAAACGUCAAUUAACUUAUUAUGAAGAGGAUGAGGAGGAGGAAGAAGAGGAUGAAGAAGAUGACGUUAGAGGUACAGGCAAGAAAGCACGUAGAUUACCAGAAAAAAGUGUCAGACCUCAGGAUUUGGAUGCAGACCUAUUGUUAACCGAUGAAGAGCAAGAGUACAACCCUCAUGCAAAUCCAGAUGUAUCCAAAAUGACAGAACGUCAAAGAGCAAGAUUUAUGGAAGAAGAAAACAGCAAGAGUUUAGUUGCAUUAGGUGAGAAUCUUAAGGCAGCUAAAAAGAAACGCCCAAAGCGUAAAGAAACCGAAGAGGAAGCCAAAUUACGGAAGGCAGAAAGUACGAGACGUCGUCAAGAUUAUAAGAACAAACAAGACGAGGAAGAGAAACGAGACACUUUGAACAAGUUAUUGAAAAGAAGAGCGACCAAAACAAGGGCCACUCAAGAUAAGGAAGGGCCAGUAGACACCAAAACUAGCUUAAAGACCCGGAGACCUACAAUGGAACACUCAGCAUUGCUUAGAUACGUUACAAAUACUAAAGCACUCAAUGGUAAUGCUACAUUACUGUUCAAUGCCUAAUUGCUGGUUCAAUAGCUAAUGUAUGAAAGGAAAAGUCACUCGUCGAUUCGUAGUUUACCCGACAAUCCAAGGAUAACUUGAUAAGUCGUUUGUAGAGAUUAAUGCUAGUUAUAAAACGUAAGAGAUCAUAAGAGAUUGUAAGAGACAUUCCCUGC